AUGGAAGAAAAGCCGUCGUCGAGGCGGCUGGUCAAGAAGGAGCGCCAUCCCCCAAUCGCUUAUCUGAACAACAAGUCGACCACGUUGAAGCGUGCCCCAAGUGCUGCAUCCUACUUUGCACCCCAUCAAGGCCUUGGCACGGGCUCAGCGGCCUCGCUCUCGCCUGCUACCACACCGGGAGCCUCGUCGCUCCGCCGCAGCCCCUCGCUGACGCCCGUCCACGAGUACCAGAACCACGCGCAUGUCGACCAUCUGGCCCACUACCAGCUCCCGCCUUCGGUUGCCCACCUGCCCCCGGCCGCCGUCGGUCAGCCCUUCAACAGCAUCGUCGAGGAGGCCCUCAACGCAUCCAACGCCAACGCACCACGUAGGCCCGCUGGCCCACAGCACUCGCACACCGACCAGCCUGCCCGCUACCUGCGACAGUCGCGCUCCUUCACCUCCAACAUGGACUCGACCACCCCGCCCUCGACUGGCCAGCCCAAGACCAACCGCUACAGCGAUGGCGGCUCCGGCUCCCAGCCCACCACCGACACGGCAAAGAAGCGACUGUCUGGCGGCGCAAAGAAAAAGGGAACUUUUUCCACCUUCAUGAGCAGCAUGUUGGGCUCCCCGCGCCGCCCAACCAUCUCGACGCCCACCAACCCCAUGCAUGUCACCCACGUUAGCAUCGACAACCAGACGGGCGAGUAUACGGGUCUCCCCAAGGAAUGGCAGCGCAUGCUGCAGCAGAAUGGCAUCUCCCAGGAAGAGCAGAAGCAGCACCCCCAGGCUGUCGUCGAUGUGGUCAACUUCUACAAGGACAAUGCCGAGAAGAACGAGGACGAUACCAUCUGGGACAAGAUGGGCCCCGCGCACACUCAAGCCUACGCUUACCAGGCUAACAUUACCCAAAACAACAAUAGCACCACCCCCACCUCCGCCAACAACAACAACAACAAUACCGCAAACUACGGCACUGCCCAACCACUCAGUCCCCCGCAAAGCCCUCGCUUUCCACGGAACGACCAGUCUAGCUUCGAGAACCCCCGCGCUCCCCCGCCAAUUCCUCGCAGUCUUACCUCGCCUGUCUCCAACCUUCCCCAGACUAAUGUAGCAGCUCUCAUACCGAACCGUCCAGCUCCCAAGCCCCCAGGUGCUUCGCCAGGCUCUACUGUUGCUCCCCCGUCCAGACCCCCUCCCCCGGCCCCAGGCCCGAAUGCCACGCAACAAACUACCCCUCGCCAGGAAUACGACCUUCCCCAGACCGCCUAUGCUGCACCAGCCCCCUCUGCGAGCCCCAGUGGCUCAUCGUCGUCACGCAGUCGAGCAAACACAACGGGAGGAACACCGCCGCGUUUCGACUCUCCAGCUGGCCCGCCCACCAUCUCCCCCGCGCAGCAGUAUCAGCAACAGCAGCAACAGGCAAUGGCAAUGGCUUCUUUCCAACAACCCAAGGCACCCUUGAGUAGGAGCGUUAGCCAGAGAGCCCCUCAGCCGGCACACGCGCCCCCACCAGCCCCCGUGCAUGUACAGCCCACGCCUCAACAGGUGUUUGCGCAACAAUCGGAUCCCCAGAACAUCCCGCUACCAUCGCAACAAGCGCAGCAGCCGCAGCCUGCUCAUGUAGGCCCGGCCCCACGCGCGCGCCAAAGGCCUCGACAAAGCCAGGGACCCGAUAUCGUUGCAAAGCUCAAUGCCAUCUGUACCAACGCCGACCCGAGAGAGAGAUACCGCAACCUCAGCAAGAUUGGUCAAGGUGCUUCUGGUGGUGUUUUCAUGGCAUUCGAGGUCCACACCAACAAAUGCGUGGCUAUUAAGCAGAUGAAUCUGGAGCAGCAACCCAAGAAAGACCUGAUUAUCAACGAAAUUCUCGUCAUGAAAAACAGCAAGCACAAGAACAUUGUCAACUUCAUGGAUAGCUUUUUGCUGAGGGGCGAUCUUUGGGUAGUCAUGGAGUACAUGGAGGGCGGAAGUUUGACAGAUGUGGUCACUUUCAACAUCAUGUCAGAGGGUCAAAUAGCCGCUGUGUGCAGAGAAACAUUGCACGGCUUGCAGCAUCUACACUCCAAGGGCGUCAUUCACCGAGACAUCAAAUCCGACAAUAUCUUGCUCUCUCAAGAAGGAAACAUCAAGCUAACCGAUUUUGGCUUUUGCGCCCAGAUCAACGAAAGCCACAACAAGCGCACCACAAUGGUGGGCACCCCUUACUGGAUGGCCCCUGAGGUUGUCACGCGCAAGGAGUAUGGCCGAAAGGUCGAUAUCUGGUCACUUGGUAUCAUGGCUAUUGAGAUGAUUGAGGGAGAGCCACCAUACCUCAAUGAAAGCCCGCUGCGUGCGCUUUGGCUUAUCGCAACCAAUGGAACGCCCACGAUCAAGGAAGAACACGCGUUGUCACCAGUGUUCCGCGACUUCCUAGCCUUUUCGCUUAAGGUUGACCCGGACAAGCGAGCUAGUGCUCACGAUCUCUUAGUGCACCCCUUCAUUCAAACUGCUGAGCCUUUGAGCACACUAGCGCCAUUGGUGCAAUCGGCAAGGAAGGCAAGAGCAGAAGAGAGGCGGAAGAAGGGUGGCAUGUGA